AUGGCAAUGAAAAUGCUCCUGGCCGUCCGGCUCCUCCUCCUCCUUACAUUACAGCCAGGUGUGAUUUCCCGAAAAUCCAGAGAAAUCAGUGUAAAGGCAGGAGAGAUGGUGGCUCUGCAGUGUCCUUAUUACAGGAAUUGGAAACAAGGUGGCUCCACAGUGACCUGGACGAGUCACACAGCUCAGAGAGAGUAUGUGAUCAACAAGGUGUCGCGGUCUGAGCUGAAGCAGAUGGGUGUGCUGCUUAACAGAAGGAGCCUCGUGAUUCUCAGUGCUACUGCAAAUCAUCAGGGGACUUACUCAUGCUCUUUGGGGAAUGACAACAGGCGGCAGUUCUGGUUCAAUGUGUCGGUGAACCCGGCACAGUCCAGGAACAUGUUCUCCCAGACCUGUCGCGCACAAGAGUCCUGCAAACUCAGUUGCCCUGAUGUCAACGUCCCCGCUGUGAAAACCCGAAGCAUGAGCAGCAAGGGCAUCAUAUGGCACAAGGAGGGCGAGUUGUUACAGAACCAUGGUUACUUACCGAGCGUUGAAGAGAACGACCGUGGUGUCUACACCUGUACCAGAUCUUAUCUCCAUCGUGGCCAGAUAUAUAAUAUGACCUUCACAGUGGCACUGGAUGUCCACCCAAAGAAACAGGAGAAAGCGGCGGCGAUCAUUUCACCGCACAAUCAUGACGUCGUUUUUGUCGAGCUAGGAUCACCAGCGGAAGUUCUUUGUGAAGCUGUGAUGUACUCGGACUUUGAUGACAUUUUCUGGCUGAGCGGGAAAUCAGUUGUGCAAAGAAACCCCGAGUUGCCAUUUUCCUCCAACUACAAAUGGGAAAGUAAAGGUGAAGAAGUGAACAUGACGGCGUCUCUCUUCUUCAAAAAUGUGUCUGAGGACGACCUGAAAAGAAAUUACACCUGUAAACUGGAAUCUGUCUCCCAGACUUCAAGCUUUGUCACUGUGACACUCGCCAAAAAGGGUUUAAAUUUGUCCUGGAAAGUACUUGAAAAGUCCUUGAAUUUGAUGUCAACCAAGGUUUGGGAACCCUGUAAAAAAAUAAACUGCAGUUCUUGUCACUCUUUCACAGGUACAUGUUACUGGAGGUCUAAUAUAUGCGUCAAAGUAGGAGAGAUGGUGACGCUGGACUGUCCUCCUACCGCUAAUUAUAACGGUGAUCUCAAAGUGGUCUGGACCAGUUACUCCCCGCAGGAAGUGGAUCUGACCAGCAUGGCUCGAGCUGAGCAGAGGCACAAGGGUGUGUUGGUUCAUGGAAGGAGCCUCAUUAUUCUCAGUGCAUCUGCAGAGCAUCAUGGGAACUACUCGUGCUCUCUGGGAAAUGCAAGCAGUCAUUUCCUGGUGACAGUGUCCAGACUGUGUAAUAUGAGCAUCUAUAAUGAUAGCUGCAAAUUAACAGACUACUGCAAAUUUAACUGUCCUGACGUAAAUGUGCCAGCCAUAAACACCCCCAACAUCACUUACAAUGGCAUCAUGUGGCGCAAGGGGAAUUGGUCAUUGCCAAACUACGAUAAACUCACUUUUUCAGCUUUUGAAGAGAAGGACGCCGGUAUUUACACCUGUACCAGAUCUUACCUGCAUCAUGGUCAAAUAUAUAAUAUGACCUUCACGGUGCCACUUGAUGUCAAACCACAGUCGGAUGAUAAACCGGCAGCGAUCGUUUCCCCACGCGAGAAUGAAGUCUUCCUUGUCAACUUAGGCUCAAACAUGGAGAUUGAGUGUAAAGCUGUGAUCAACUCAGAAUUCGAUGGCCUGUGCUGGAUAAUCAAUGGAAACUCAGCAGUGAAAGAAAACGCUGGCUUACCAGUUUUCGUCAAACGCACAAAUACAAACAACAGUGACAAAAUCGCUCUGUUGUCUCUGGUCUUCAAAAAAGUGUCAGAGGGCGAUUUGACACAGAAUUACUCCUGCAAACUGGAGACCGCCAACCAAUACAGUACCUCUGUCACCAUUCGUCUCCAAAAUGUUCGCCCCUCAUGGGUGCCACUGGCUGUCAACACUGUGGGCAUUGCGGUGGUGAUGACUGCGGCGGUCCUUCUAUAUGUGAAAUUUAAAAUUUACAUCACUCUUUUCUUGAGAGACACUCUUGGCUGCCACAGAGGGGUGUCGGAUGGAAAAAGCUACGACGCCUUCGUGAUGUGUUACAAGAGCAACACAGACGCAGGACUGAACGCCGAUGACAGGCGGUGGCUGGAGAUUGUUUUGGAAGAAGAGUUUGGCUACAGACUCUGUCUUCACGAUCGUGACAUCCAGCUCGGGAAAGCUGUGGCAAACGCAGUGUUAGAGUGCAUAGAGGAAAGCCGGACAGUGGUUCUGGUUCCCACCUCUCUGGAUCCUGGUCUGGGCUCUGGUCUGCUGAGUGCCGUCCAUGAAGCCCUCGUGGAGCGGCAGACACGUUUGAUUUUCAUCAAGAGCGAGACGACAAAAGAGAUGACGUCAGGUUCCUUACCCGAGGCCUUGCAGCUUCUUAGUGAGGCUGGUGACGGUGUUACCUGGAGAGGCAGGAGUUCCUCCUCAUCCUUCUUGAAACGGUUACGCUUUUACCUUCCGGCUUCACCAAAAGAAUUACAGAUAAGGCUUCUACAGACAUCUAGGACUGAGCUACCCAAAACUUCACAAGUUUGAGGCCAAUAAAUGUUUUCCUAACCAUCUGAGGGCCAUGUCCAGAUUUCAAAGAAUGUGGCACAACAGUGAAGUUAAGAAAAAAAGAUAUUCGAGAAGCCCUGUCUAAUAGUGAGUUUUAAUUUAAGCAUCUUUUGAUGUAAAUUUAUUCCACAGAGUAAAGAAUAUUUUGUAUGGUCCAAUUUGCAACACCUUCAAGUCCCACAAGUGGGCCAUGUCCCACAUUUUGGGAAGCACUGAUCCAGGUGGAACCUUUUUUCACAAUAAAACGA